AUGUAUAAACAUAAAUCACACAAAUCGGCUAAUUCUACAUCGAUUAACAUUAUUGGUGAAAUUCAACUUGAAAUUAAAAUACAAGGUCAUAAGACAUUAAUUCUAGCGGAUGUAGCGACAAAUUUGAUUACUGAUUUAUUACUUGGAAACGACUGGAUUACCGGAAACAAUGUUAUUAUUGAUUCACCACGACGACAUAUUUUUCUGACCGACAAAUAUUAUCGAAUAGUAGCAGCAGCGCCAUUCAUUGAACCACCUGAUCUUCAUUUACCUAUACUUUUGAUCGAUGAAAUUACACUACCACCAUAUUCGGAAAAACUUAUUAACGUAAAAACUACAUCAUCUAUAAAAAAUACUAUUGAUGUUUUAUUUGAACCAGCUCGCAAUUUAUAUUCGAAACAAAUAUUACUUACAAAUGCUAUACUCAAAAUGGAAAAUAAUAGAAGUCAAAUUAUGAUUAUCAAUGUCAAUGAUCGUCAACGUACACUAUCACGGAAUACAAAAUUGGGACAUAUUUCAUUACAGACUGAAUUAAAUAAUUAUUUUAUUUUACCAGUGCUAUCCGAAGAAGGAAAUUAUCGACCAACACAUUCAAAAUCAUUUAUUGAUAAGAGGAACAACACUCGAAAGAGUGGUUUCUGUGAUCCAUUACUCCGUGGGAAGAGGAAGGUCCGAUUUACGGACUUUACCUGUGGAAAAGAACGUCAUGAAGCACAACAACAUCAAUGCCAUGUUUGUCAAGAACAAUUUCUAUCCCGAAAUGAUUUACAACAACAUUUAUGCCAAAAAUGUUAUCCAUUGGAAAUGCGAGAACAGAUCGAGAAACUAACUCAACACAUCGAAGACAUAAAGCAACGACAACAAUUAAAAAAUAUUUUAUGGAAACAUGGAAAACUAUUUGAUCUCCGUCAACCAUCCAUCAUCAAAGCAACAGUCCAUCAUGCCAUUGAAACUGGUACUCAUCCACCAACUUAUACUUCACCAUAUCGUGUUUCAUACAAGGAUGAACAAAUACAAAGAGACGAAAUUGAUAAAUUACUCAAGCAAGGGAUAAUCGAAGAAUCUAUCUCGCCGUGGUCAUCUCCAAUAGUAUUGGUAAGAAAAAAAGAUGGUUCUGUUCGAUUUUGUAUUGAUUUUAGAAAAUUAAACAAUAUUACUACGAAGGAUGCAUUUCCUAUGCCUCGCAUUGAUGAUAUAUUUGACCAUUUAUCUCAAGCUGAAUAUUAUACCACAAUUGAUUUUAAAUCUGGUUAUUUUCAAGUUGGCCUUGAUCCGAAAGAUCGUCCAAAAACAGCAUUCUCUACCAGAGAUCAACAUUAUCAGUUUACAGUGUUACCUCAAGGUGUUACAAAUGGUCCUCCAGCAUUUCAACGCAUCGUUAGUCAAAUACUUGGACCUACAAGAUGGCAAUAUUCAUUAGCUUAUCUCGAUGAUGUUAUAAUAUAUUCAACAACAUUUGACCAACACUUACACCACCUUGAUGAUAUUCUUAAUCGAUUAAAUGAUGCAAAUUUUCGUCUCAAUAUUAAUAAAUGUCAAAUAGCACAAACAGCGAUUGAUUAUCUGGGUCAUCAUAUUGAACACAGCAAUAUUAGACCGAAUGCAGACAACAUUCGUGCAUUAGUAGAAACUCAACAGCCAACAACAGCAAAAGAAGCUUUUCGAUUCGUCAAAGCUGCUGAAUAUUAUCGUAAAUUUAUACCCGCAUUUUCUACCAUUGCACAACCUUUACAUCAAUAUGCACCGACAACUAAAGAACAACGAUCAAAAAAAUCACAAGCUACACCUAUUACUCUAUCCGAUGAUGCACUUGAUGCAUUUAAUAAAUUAAAGAAAAUAUUAACCAAUGACUUGAUAUUACGUAUUCCAGAUCACAAUUUACCAUUCAAGAUACAAACUGAUGCAUCAAAAAUUGGAAUUGGAGCUGUACUUAUGCAAACUCAUUCACACGGUGAUCUACCAAUCGCUUACUUAUCAAAGAAAUUUACACAAACACAAAUGAAUUGGCCUGCAACAGAACAAGAAUGUUACGCUAUUAUAUAUGCAAUUGAAAAAUGGCACAAGUACUUAGAUGGACGUUCAUUCAUUAUUGAAACAGAUCAUAAACCACUAUUACCAUUCAACUUAAAGCAACAAUUAAAUUCAAAAUGUGAGCGAUGGCGUUUAAAAUUACAACAAUAUCAAUUUACUGUUCGGUACAUUAAAGGAAAACAUAAUACAGUAGCUGAUUAUUUAUCCCGAUCACCAGUCGAUAAUGGAAUGAAUGAUGAAGAUGAUUAUACACCAACAAAAUCCCGAUCAACACAAACCGAUAAUUCCACAACAACACACGUCGUUGCAUCCGUCACUACAAGGGCGCAAGCAAAACAACAGAUUAAUGAAAGGAUUGACUGUCAUUGGGCAGAUCAGUCCUGUGAUGAACAACAACAGAAGAGGAAUGACGACAGACAGGUCGAUCAUUUCUGUGUUGCAGAACUUAAACAAUCAAAUAUAACGGAUAUUAACAAUGAUCAUAAUAUGAUUGUACCAUUUACAUGGGAACAAUUAAAACAGUUACAACAUCAAGAUGGGCAAACAACACACAUGAUAUCACAUAUUAAAGAUUUCAAUGAUUAUUUUUUAGAAGAUAAUAUGUUAAUGAAAAAAUCGUCCCCACCAGUACCCUUUGUACCUACAGGACGAAUUCGCUCCGACAUUAUUAAAAUUUAUCAUGAUACACCAGCGAAUGGAGCACAUUUUGGUAGAAAUAAAACCACCCACAAGAUUCGACAAAGAUAUUUUUGGCCUAAUAUGAUUGAUGAUAUACGAAAUUAUGUGAAAUCAUGUAUACCUUGUUUACAAAAUAAUCAUCUGCGACAAAAGCCUCCUGGCGCUCUAAAACCAAUCAAACCUCCUGAAGGAGUAUGGCAAUUGCUUACGAUGGACUUCCAUGGACCUAUUACACCAACGACGAAAAAUGGAAAUAAAUAUAUUAUUGCAUUAACCGAUGUCUUAUCAAAAUUUGUUAUUACUAAAGCAGUACGUGAUUGCACUGCCUCAACUGCAGCACGAUUUCUGACUGAAGAGGUGCUCCUUAAAUAUGGCACUCCCAAAUGCAUUCUUACAGAUAACGGUACACAUUUUACUGCUACAAUGAUGACCGCAUUAUUUAAAACAAUUGGUGUUACACAUUUAUAUUCAACACCUUACCAUCCGAUGACUAAUGGACAAAUUGAAAGAUUUAAUGCCACAAUGGACGCUAAAAUAGCAGCAUUAUCAAAUGAAAAACGUACAAAUUGGGAUGAACAGUUACCAUUUGUUACAUUCAAUUACAACACAAGUAUCCACACAACAACCGGACAAAUUCCAUUUGAAUUAAUGCAUGGCCGAUCACCAAUAUUACCUUUCGAUCAACAGCAACCAUUAAUUACACUUUCACAAGACCCAGAGCAUCAAUUAAAAUUAAAUCAAUAUUUAUCAACAUUAACCGAACAAGCAAAAAUUAAAAUCUUGGAACAGCAAGCGAAAUACAAACAACGUUAUGAUCGACACCGUGUCAAUCCAAAUCACACGGUCGGCGACCUUGUAUUAAUUAAAAUAUUAAAUAUGCGCAACAAAUUCGACGCGCGAUAUGAAGGACCAUUCCGAAUAACAAGAAAACUCAGCACAAAAACAUUUAUCGUACAACAUGUGAAGAUACCUACAUUAAUGAAACAAGUCACCAGCGACAUCAUGGUAUCAAUCACACAAAGACGUAAUAUCAAAUCGAAAUAA